CGUUUUCCUGUUCCUGAAAGUCUUCUCGAGGAGGCUACCAUGCAGCCUUAUGUUCACAACUGUUUCGUGAAUGUGUGCGAAGGGAGACACAUCUAUCGAUUCUGCAUCUUCUUCAAGCGACAUCUUCAUCUCAGAGCCAAUGUGCUUCUUAGCAGGGGUUAUCAUAAGUUCCAAGGCAAUGCAGUUGUUAUGAGGGUUGGAGCCAACCAUCCCUCAGUUGUGAACAUGCGAGCCAGCGAUAAUGCGCUUGCUGACUUUAUAAUUUACCAGUGA